AUGGCUUCAUUGUCAAAGGGAAUAUGGUCAAACUUUUCCAAAAGAUCGCCAAGUUUGGCAAUCAAGAGCAAGAAGCUUCAAGAGGCAGUUUUAAGCCCAAAUCUUCCACAUGGACCUGUUUCUCUUAAAAAAGGUGCAAGUAGAAUAAGAUACAAUUCACCGGUUGGUAUGGAUGAAAUAUAUCCCCUCGCAUAUAAUGCUUUGCAGGAAGAAAGUGCGAAAACAUACCAGAAAAUAGAACUCAUCGAGAAGAAAAUUGCCGAAGUUGGAAAUGGCAAAGCCAAAGAAGAACUCGAGCAGAAAAGGGAAAAUCUACUGGUCGAAGCCGAGAAAAACAAUCCAGAGGUAGUUUAUCGCUCAAUGUUUGCUACUAACAGUGUGGACAGGACACAGCCUGUUUAUCGACGCUUUCUGGAAGAGAAAUGGAAAGGAUAUAAUAGAAUGUUGACAAUGCAGAGGUUAGAGACCUUAGGAGUGAUUCCCGAUACUAUGCCCACACUGAAUCCAGAGGUUGAGGUCAAUGUUGUAUUUCCUUGCAACAGUUUAUCAAGGAAAAUCGAGCCAGGAACAAUUUUAUCAUCAAAUGUGACUUCCAGACCACCAUCUUUUGAAAUUAUUGAGUUUAAGAAGUCUAAGAACGAUUUGUACACAAUCCUGGUUGUUGAUCCAGAUAUUCCGGAUGUCGAGAAUGAUACUUACAAAACUGAAUUGCUUUGGGCGCUAAAGGAUGUGCCAGCUUCUAAUGAUGAUCCUAUUAUAGAUGCUAAAAAGCUUAUUUCACAUCCAGAAUGCGAACUUGUGUCCUACAUCCCGUCAGUUCCAGAAAAGAAUACUGGAAAUCACAGAAUUUCUGCAUGGGUGUUCCGCCAGCCCGAUGGAAAGAAGCUUAAAGCCGCUGAUAAGGCACCUGAAAGAGAAGGUUUCGAUAUUAGGAAAUUUAGUGCAGAUAAUAACUUGAAGGCCGUUGGGGCCCAUGUUUGGAGAAGUGCUUGGGAUAGAAAUACGAAGAAUGUUCGUAGGAUGUACGGUCUUCCUAAUGGUCGUAUAUUCACGAGAGAGAGAAGUUAA